CUCUUAUAACCGAUGCAACGCCCAUAACCUAUCAACCAUUGAAGUCAGUCAAGAAAGUAGAUCUUACGAGCCUUUGUUGAACGAACACUCUGAAAGUCCAAAUAUUACGCCGAGAUUCAUAUAUAGCAAAGCCGUGUUUAGGUCAAAAAGAUUUAAUUCAAUUCUGUUGAUGAAAGUGUAAAAAAUUAAACCUUAUAAUGAAUCAGGAAGAAAGGAGCCGGCCUUCCGCCUUCACAAGUUUCAAACAAAGCCUAUAAAUAGAAAGGAACCAGCCUCCCAUUACCACUCAGCCAUCUCUGAGGAAAGUUUGAAGAGACAGACACAAACAGAGCAGGGGCGACCUGACCAAUUUGAACACAGAGGGGCAGGGGAAGGGAGAUAUGGCUACUCGCGUGGGCUUAUUUGCUUGCAUUCUUGUUGCUGUUACCGGCCUUCUGCUACAAUCUGCAGCGGCACAGACGACCCAUGUAGUCGGAGACACCUUGGGUUGGACGAUUCCUCCCGGCGGUUCCAUUGCCUACUCUACUUGGGCGUCCACCCGCACCUUCAGGGUUGGAGACAUUCUGGAAUUCAACUUCACCAGUGGAGUGCACGACGUGGCCCAAGUGACAAAGGAAGCAUUCGAUUCCUGCAAUAGCAGCAGCCCUAUCGGCUCCGUUCAAUCGACCAGCCCUGUGAGAAUCAUCCUCAAUUCCACAGGCGAGCACUUCUACAUCUGCACCUUCAUCCAGCACUGCGCGUUAGGCCAAAAGUUGGCCAUUAACGUCACUGCCGCUACGGCUCCUGCUCCCACCCCUUCCAGAUCACCGGCAACUUACGUGGUCGGAGACAGUUUAGGUUGGCUUGUCCCUCCAGGCGGCUCUAUUGCAUACUCCACUUGGGCUUCUGAGAAGACCUUCAUGGUCGGGGACACUCUCCUGUUCAACUUCACCACUGCGCAACACGACGUGGCGGAAGUUACCAAAACAGCUUUCGACAACUGUGAUGCCAGCAGCACUAUCGGUCCCGUUCAAAGCAAUGGCCCGGCCAGACUCAGCCUCACCUCAGUGGGCCAACACUUCUACAUCUGCACAUUCAGCCAGCACUGCGCGUUGGGUCAAAAGCUGGCCAUCAACGUCACAGCUUCCACCACCACCGCCACUCCGCCACCAUCCAGCACCACCGCAAGAACUCCACCAUCCAGCAUAGCUAGCCCUCCAUCAAACGGCCCAACCACAGCUCCAGCCCCCACAGCAGGAGGAACAACCCCUACCCCCAGCUCUGCCCCAAUAUCCCUCUCUGUAGCUGGCUUCUCUGCAACUUUCUUGCCCAUGGCCGUAGCUUUCAUGUUCUAGAUGAUGCUACUAAUAGUAGGCUAAUAUCCCUAAGAUUUUGGACUGUGCUUUGUUGAUUAUCUCUCAUACAUAGGCCAUAUCCCUCUUUUGAAGGCCUACACUACAAUGCCAGACCAGCCGUGUGAUUGAUGAUUCAUUUAUGCAUUUUGUACUGAUGAAUAAAGUGUUGCACUUUGAGCUA